AUGGCUGAUGAUUUCAAGUUGUCCGAAAAUCUCCAAGAUUUAGCUCAAGAUGGCAGCUUAAAAGAUUCUCAGUUGAUAUGAAGAAUCUGUCAAGCUCUCCCUUCACUCCCUCAGAGCCAGCAACUUUCAAUAAUCGACCAAUUAUUGGAUAUUGCCCGAUGCAAGCAAUACAACCCAUCCUUAAUUUUAUCUCUAUCAAUGCGGAGCCCAAUUGAUAAUCGGAAAGAAUAUUUACUCAACAAUCUUAUAAAACAUAUGGUUUUUGCUGAGCCAGAAGUCCAAGAAAAAUUGUCCGAGCUUAUUUCCUUCUUAAUUCACUCAGUUGGGGCUAAUUUAAGACACACACACUUUGUUUUCCAGAUUUUAGCUAAUAAUCAGCUUGACUAUAAGUCAAUAACAGCAGCAAUUCGAGUACUCCAAGUUUUGAUUUCUCCAAAUAAAUCAUCUGAACCUUAUUCCUAUUUUUAUUUUACAGGCCGAGGGUGUGGGCUGCAAAUUACCCAAAAGAAGCCAACUAUUUUUCCGUUUAAAAACGCAAUUUCUAUAUGUUUAUGGUUCAGGUUGGAAAAAACAUCAGAAGAAGUGUCGAGAUUAUUUACAUUUCACUCGCAAGGAAAUGGUGGGGUUGAGGCUUAUUUUGUUGAAAAUACCCUUUAUUACCGCUCGUUAGGGACUGAUUAUAAUCCACCUGGAAAAGGAUCAAAUGGAAUCAGAAUUUUCGAGUUUGCGACUGAGGAAUGGAUAUUUUUAGCAUUGGAAAAUGAAAAACAAAAAUAUGGGAAAAAACAGCUUAGAGUGGCUGUUAAUGGAGAAGAAAUAUGCAACACUACAAUGGAUUUUCCGAAAAUAAAAGACAAUGCAGAGCUUACCCUUGCUGCUGUAGGAUUAAAUUUUACAGGAGAAAUAUCAGCAAUAAUGGUGUUCAGCGAGCUUAUUUCUAUGCAGAAAAUGAAAUUGAUUUUUCAAAAAUAUUCAACGUGAGGACCACAAGGCCACGAAUCACUAAGAUCAUUGUGCAGAGUUGUAGAUAAAAGCUUAGGGAAAAAACUGGUGAUGUUUUAUCACCCAUUACACACUUAUCAAAAUAUAGUUUAUGAUGGACAGAAUUUUGCUGAUGGAAAACUUUUUGGGGUAUCUGGUGUUAAAGCAAUAAAUAUAAAUAGAAUUUCUAAUAUUGGAGGUAUAGGAGCAUUGCUACCUAUAUUAGAAAAAAUCAAAGCAGUCCGCGACAAUAAUGGUGAAUUACUAUUAGAAUGGAUGAUGCUACUUAUAAUUUCUCUGCAAGACCUCCCAGAAAACCAAAAAGAAGCUACCUCAAUUAAUUUUUUCAGAUGUGUGGCCGAAAUUCUAAUCGGUUUUGACAAAAGUAAUAUCAAUGAUACCAUCAUUGAUAUGCUUGAGCAGGUAUACAGCAUUUGUGCAUUUGGUAAACUAAAAGACCAGUUGGUAAACCAUCUGCUUUGGUGCGUAGAAAUAUGAAAGGAAACAGACCACGUAGUGCAAAACCAGCUAUACAAACUUAUAAGAAAACUGUAUAAUAAAUCAAGCAGAGAAGGAAACAAAUUUAAAGAAACCAUAAAAAUCCUGGAUAUCGUGAUAGAGCAUUAUAAUUUAAAAGAAAAUAUUGAUGAAGAUACAAAGAAACAUAUUUCUGAUAUUAUAUCAAUAAUAGAAAUAUGCUUGAUUUCUGGAGGGGAAGAAACUGCAUCUGAUAUUGAACAGAUUGUGUCUGUCUUAUAUAGUAAGCCAAGCACAUUUAUACAAUAUAACUUAUUGCAGCUUUUAAAGAAACUUAUUAAUGAAAAAACAGAAGAAAUGUUAGGGGUUUCUCCAUUAAUGUUCGCAAAGCACUUUGUAGAGGCAGCUGGGCUUGAAUUGCUUUUAUAUCUAAUUUCUUCUUCUUCGACAGAAAUCAGAGGAUACUGCUUAUCAAUAAUAUCAAGUCUUUAUAAUCUGCCUUUAAAACAAGUACAAAUUGGAAACCAAAAAGACGUUUUUACCUUCAUCAGCUCAAUUAUACUUCCUCAUCGCAGAAGAUUAAGUGAACAGUUCAAGCCCUGGCAGCUGAGAAAUAACUCAGUCCUUUCAGACAUUUUUAAGACUUCUGUGAAAACCAAAAUAGACUCUUUAAACAAUAAAGACUAUGAAGAAGAAACUGGUAUCAGGCCAAGGCUUUCCCUUGACAAUGCAAUUAUGCCUGAUGACCAUAGAGGUGUAAAACCAAUCCAAUUUUUAAAUUACGUAGAAGAAGUCCAUCAAGAAAGCAGCACUAUUUCUAAUAUUAUAGGAAAUGAAGAUUAUAUUGCACAAACUGAGGUGGAGCUGCCUUCAGAUCUUGAAGAAAAAGAACAGAAUAUGCUAUUCACAAGAGAUCAGCCAAGGCAUAAUUCUGCAACUGUAUAUGCUAUAAAUGACCAAUAUACAGCUAGGAAAAACGAAGAGGAAGGAGUUUAUUAUGCAGUCCUAGAAAUUAUGCUGAACAAGCCAUUUGGCGGACAAAGCAUUUUGGAUGAUUUUGAUUACAUUCAGAACAAAACUGGGCUGUUUUUAUUUGAAGAAACUGUUUCAAGAGGCUCAUUAGAGCUCAAGCAUAGAGCUGUCCAAGAUCUUUUAAUGCUGACUAAAUGAAAUAUAGAAAACGCUAAUAUUUUAGCACAGGAUUCUGAUUGGCAUUAUUGGUUACUUAACCUCUUGUGUGAAACCCCUGAAACUGAGGAUACAGGGGUCGCUGUUUAUGAUAUAGGAACAAGGGCUCAUAAUAUUGUGAUGAAGCAAGCUGUCUUGGCUGAUGAUGAAGGCUGAAGACACCUUCGAAGACUUAUUUAUUGAUAUGAAAAAAAUCGAACAAUUGACAAUUCCAGAACUCUUAUAAGAUCACUAUUAGAAAAACUAAUGGAGUCUCUUCAGUCCAUUUCCAUGGGCUGCAGACCAUCAAUUACCUCAAUUUUGUGGAAGAAUUUAAUCAAUACUAGCUAUUUAUUAGAAGAAUUCGUAAUUUAUUCGAAAAUCAGAUCAGAAGACAGCUAUGGGCAGUAUUUAGUGUACUGCGGCCUUGAAUGGGAAGAUGCUUCUAUUAUGGAAAAAUAUUUCUCUUUAUUAGACCCUAUCUGGCCAUCUGCUUUAUUCCAAGACAAUUUGAUGGAGCCUGACCACAUCCAGCUGCUUACUCCCCCCCCCCCCUCCGUGAGCGAACAAAAAAAUUUUGUUCGCUCACGGAGGGGGGUUAAUUUUUUUUUUUUAAAAAAAAUUUAUAUAUAAUUUUAUAAAAAAUAUUUUUUUUCGAAAUUUAAAAAAAUCCUAAUUUGCAAAAAUUGGGAAGCAAAUAUUUAAUUUAAUUUGCAAAAUUUAUGUUUUAAAACGCAAUUUGUUUAAAAUUAAACAGAAUUAGCUCUAGAUUUCAUUAUACUAAUUAUCACUUAUAUAUCAAAAUUUUUUUCCAUUAAAAUUUUUUCUAUUAAAAAAAAUUUUUUUUGUUCACUCACGGAGGGUGGGUUUUUGGUCAAAAAAUGGCGAUUUUUCUAAUGGUUUUGUUCGCUCACACGAGGGGGGGGGGGGAGUUAGCUCUAUUAAAAGAAAUGAUAAUUUAUUUAAGACUGACAUACAAAUUCUCCAAUGGGAACCCCCAAAUGAUAUAAAAGCCAGAGGAUGGUUUAUUAAAGUAGUUUUGCAUUUAGCAGCAUCAGCUUUAAAAGCCACUGCAAAUAGUGAACAAAUCGACAAAUGGCUUUCAGAGAUUAUAAAAAUUGUAAAAUUCAUAUUAUUGGUAUCAGAAUCAGGGAAAAAAUCAUUGACAAGUUCUGGAGCUAAAGCAUUUUCACAGUGUAUUAUUUAUGUUAUAGGUGUUUUAGUCAGCUAUAUCAAUGAUUUAAGAGGCCACCCGGUUACCAAAAAAUUACAAGACAGUUGCAUUGAUGUGCUUAAGUUUGUAUUUGCGGUAUAUGAUAUGGGAAGAUCUGAUUGGCCUCAAGGCUUCAAAGGGUUUAUCAGGGCUGGAUUUACACCUGUUAGUGUUGCUGAAGAAGUUGUUGCAUUUUUAGUACAAAAUGUCCCAGAAUUCGAACUAAUCGAUGUAAAUUUCAGUGGACAUUAUAUAGGCUUAGAAGGCCUUCUAAUGAAAGAAGAAUGACGAAUUGCCUUGCUUAACGCCUCUCUCCCAAUUUUUGAGCUUUUUGAAAGCCGCACAAGAGCAAGUUUAAUAUGCCAGCACAGAGAAAAAGUUGCAGAAAAGCUUACAAAAGAUAAAGAAAAUUAUUUAAAACAGUCAGAAGAAACCAAUGCCCAAAUGCAUAGAUUUGUACUAAAUACAGCUUCAGAAAAAUCAGAUGAAGUCGACAAAACAAUCAGCACAGUUUUAGCACAAAGCAAAGAAAAAUCAAAAAAAAGGAAAGCUGUGUGAAGCAAACAGCUAAAAAUACUAACUGAAUGAAGAGGUCCUUGGCAAGUCUUAAACCAAAAACUCAGUUUUGAGCCUUAUCAAGCAAUGGAUUGUAAUUUGUCGAGAAAUUUUUUGAAAAAGAAAUCAGACCAUUAUGAUUUUUAUUUGAUAAAGCAUAGGACACAAAUAACGGCACCUAAUCCUCAGCUUUUGAAUGAAAUUAAUCCGAAUAUACUUAAAAAAGAUUUGACGGAAGAAGUUGAUGAAGAAGAUGAGGAGAGAACGCUUCCAGAGACUGAAGACUCGAUGUCGUUGAAGUUUUCAUUUACAGCUCAUGCAGAUAGUCCACUUUUAAAUACUGUUGCAAAAGAAACUGUAAUACAGGUAGAAGUUGGGAUAAUUAAGCUACUAACAAUCCAAUAUGGACUUCUUCAGGUCACAUACACGAAAAAAGAACAAAAAAUCAGAUUUUUGCUAGAUCAGAGAAUCCAAAAUAAAUUUUCAUCACAUGUAGAGCUAUUUCAUUAUAUUCCAUCACCUAAUAAACCAUUGAUCAAGGAAUGAAAUUUAGAUUUAUUGAGCUAUGUUUUCCCUAAAACUUAUAUCAUGAGACAUACAGCUGCAGAGUUCUUUUUCAAUGAUGGAAGAAGCGUUCUGGUUAACUUCGCUAGCCACAAAGACAGGCUGAAUUUUGUUACCCAUGUGAAGAAAAUCAGAAAAAGUGCAGUUCCAAGACUUCAGCUAUUUAAAAAGCCAAACCCAAUAAAAUUAGUAGCAGAAAGCGGUAUGACAGAAAAAUGGGUGAAUUGGCAUAUAAGCAACUUUGAAUAUUUGAUGUUUUUGAAUUUUGCAGGAGGAAGGUCUUAUCACGAUUUAACCCAAUAUCCUGUAUUUCCAUGGGUAAUCAGAGACUACUCAUCGCCUGUUCUAGACCCUGAAGCCUCCUUAAGAGAUCUCAGUUUAAACAUGGGAAGCCUUGGCAAGCCUGAGAGAACUCAAUCAUUUAUAGAAAGAUAUAACUCAUUUUCUUCUAACGACGAUACCCCUUCUUUCCAUUUCGGCUCACAUUAUAGCAACCCAGGAAUUGUUUUGCAGUAUCUAGUCCGCUUAUUCCCAUACUCAGAAGGUGCCAAAGAGCUUCAAGGCGGCCAUUUUGAUUUGCCGGACCGUCUUUUUAACUCAAUUAGUGAGUCUUUUCAAUCAGCUACUGAAGAUAUAUGUGACGUCCGUGAAUUAAUUCCAGAGUUCUUUGUAUUGCCUGAUUUCUUAUUAAAUAAAGAAGAAUACCACUUUGGAACGACUCAGACAGGCAAAGAAGUAUGGGACGUUACACUGCCAGCAUGGGCAUCUGACGCAUAUGAGUUUGUAAGGAUUAAUAGAGAAAUUCUUGAGUCAAAUGAAGUGUCUAAAAAUAUUCAUAAGUGGAUUGAUUUAAUUUUUGGGUUUAAACAGAUAGGAAAAGAUGCAAAAGAAUCUAUGAAUUUGUUUUAUUAUAUGACAUAUGAAAAUAGUAUUGAUCUUGAUAAAGUCGAAGACCCUUCAUUAAGAGCUGCAGUUGAAGCCCAAGUCGUCAAUUUUGGGAAAACCCCUUCACAGCUAUUUACUAAGCCUCAUCAUCCUAAAGAAGACUUUAGAAGAAUCACCUCAGGCCCUACAAUAGUGUCCAAAGAAAGUGUGGAGCUGAAAACGUAUUUUCCAUCAAAUAGAAAAGCUCUAUUAAGACCUGAAAAUUUAAUAAGCUACUUUGACUUGUCAGAAAGAUCAAUAAUCAAAGCGAAAUUUUACAAAGACAAAGAUAUAAUAGCUAUUAGAAAUAAUGGGAAUAUGGUCAGGUAUAACUGAUGGCCUGCCCCUAUGGGAGAAUCAAGGUUAAUCAACAAAAAAAUAUUUUUCUUAUAAAAGUGACUGUAAUUUACCUAUUGGAGUUUUUUCAUAAUAUUUCGAGAAUCAAAAACCCCUUUUACAUGCGCUCUUAAUAAAGAAGUGCAGUUCUACAAAAUGAAAGAAAUAGGCGAAGUCGAAGCAUUGGAUAGGUCCAUAAGAGGUUUUAACGCUUCCAUUGAAAUCAUUCAGCAAGGUAAAAAUGUCAUCAUUGGAGGAUUUUGGGAUGGGAGAUUGACUAUUCAAAAGCACCACACAAAGGAAAGCAACCAUAAAUGGGUGCACUAUUCGACUAUUACUUGUACAGAUGUAGAUAUAGAUGAAAGAGUAGUUGUAACUGGAGGAAAAGAUGGAGACGUCGUCGUCUGGCAGAUUGAUAAUGAUAAUCUCCACCACCUUUGGCAUUUCUUUAAUCAUGAUGAACAAGUCACCUUUGUCACUAUCUGUCAAGAGCUCCAUACCUUUGCAAGCUGCUCUCUCGACGGAACUUGCAAUAUUUACUCUUUAACUAAAGGCAGAUUACUACGGGUUAUCAAUAUCGCAAAUAAUAUCCCUAUAUCUAUAGUAAAAUUCUCUACAUCAGCCCCUGCUAAGGUGAUUCUUUUUUCAUCAGAAGAAAACAUGUUUUAUUCUUAUGCUGUAAAUGGUGCCCAGCUUCAUAGAAAUAAUGAAAGAUGUAAAUUUGUGAAUAGCCCAAUGAUAGUAAAAGACAUGAAUUUUAGAGACUUUUUGAUUUAUGGAACUGAAAGUGGUGACAUUGUAAUCAGAUAUGCUGGGACUUUAGAAGUAUUGAGAAGAUUUACAUUGUCUGGAGGAAUUCCUGUGAUUUCUUUGAUCGCUACAAGAGACUUAAAGUUUUUGCUAUUUGGCUGUGCAGAUGGAGAACUAGGGGUUUUAACUGACCCAGCCGCCACUUUUGCGACGCUAGAAAAGCAGUGACAGCUUAAUGUUUUCAGUCUUGUGUAA